ACUUGAGUUGUUUGAUUCUCAAAUCCACGACGCUGUAACAGCCGUGCUGGCCCAGUGUUGCGUAGAUUAAAUUUUGUAGUUGUAGUAGUGGCACAUAGCCGUUACACUCGCACCAGAGCAGAGAUAGUGACCAACUGUAGUGGAUCUGUGUGGAGCGUCAUUGCAAAAGUGUGUUCCUCUGGUUCUUCAAUGAGUUGGUGUGCGCUGUUGUGCGCUGGACUUGUAACGAUCGUGUGUUGGAGUGGUACCUGUAAUCGUUGAGCAGAUGGCGCUGCGAACAACCGGGACAGUACAUUAGAUCCAAAAAAUAUGUUCGCCGCCUGAUUUCGUCCCGCUUGAUCUCGUCUCGCACGACGAAGAGGCGCAGCGUUUAGAAUGGAAAUUGACAGCUUGAUCGCCGACGCUGUCCUGGUGAAGGCGAGGAAGGAAGGUGCGGAGAAAAGGGGCCGAAGCAGAAAGUGGCGAAAACUUGUCUUUUUGCCCAACAUAGUGGAGUCUGCGCCCAUUCGUUCUGGCUUGCGUGAAGUCAGCUACAGGUAUGUUGUCGAUCGCCAGCCUAUUGGGAAGAAACUCUUUGAGCGCUUCUGCUCGCGGGAUCCUGUUUUGAAUCGCACUGUGACCUUCCUAGCGAGAGUGGGUGAAUACAUUGUGGCAGUGAACGAAAAACGUGGUGAGCUGGCAGAGCUAGUUUUCCGAGAUUUCCUCUCUGAUCCUGAGAACAUUGUGCAAGGUGUCAGUGCUGAGCAGGCGGAGGCAGUCCAGGCUAAAGUUUCCGACAGACCCUGCAGGGCGUCGCUGUUUGAGUAUUGCCGGAGGGCUGCAAAAGAAUUUCUUGCUGGUGAGCCUUUCCAAGGAUUCUCUGAGAGUAUAUAUUUCCAGCGGUACUUGCAGUUCAAAUGGAUGGAAAAGCAGCCCAUCACGUUCAAAGUGAACUUUCGGGAUUACCGGACACUUGGCAAAGGCGGCUUCGGCAUUGUCAGUGCUUGCCAAAGCAAGGCAACCGGGAAAAUGUAUGCGAUGAAAAAACUUGAGAAGAAGCGCGUCAAGAAGCACCGCGGAGAGCAACUUGCACUCAAUGAAAAAGUCAUCCUAGAAAAGCUGUCAAGUCGAUUUGUGGUGAGUCUUGCGUAUGCGUUUGAAACGAAAGACUCACUCUGUCUAGUGCUGACACUGAUGAAUGGUGGUGACCUGAAGUAUCACAUACACCACAUGGGCCGGGAAGCCGGUCUGCCAGAGGACCGUGCCGUCUUCUACGCCGCAGAGAUUGCAUGCGGCCUGCGAGACCUACACCGAGCCCGUGUCAUUUACAGAGAUAUGAAGCCGGAAAACAUCCUUCUCGAUGACCAAGGUCACGUGCGCAUCAGUGAUUUUGGUUUAGCAGAGGUGUUGUCUCCUUCGAAGAAGAGCCACGGUCGAGUUGGAACAGUCGGCUAUAUGGCUCCAGAGGUUGUGAAGAAUGAAGAUUACACAUUCUCUGCCGAUUGGUGGGGACUAGGGGCUGUGAUCUAUGAGAUGAUGGCUGGCCAGGGUCCGUUCAGAAAGCCAAAGGAGAAGGUUUCUCGAGAAGAAGUUGAGAAGCGUGUGUUGGAGACUGAGCCACCGUAUGGUGAUAACUUCUCCUCUGAAGCAAAGGAGAUCUGCAUGCGGUUACUUGACAAGAACCCCGAAACGCGAUUGUCUGACUUUGACCCGUUGCGGGACUUGUCCUUCUUCCGUGAGAUCAACUGGCCGCACUUAGAAGCCGGUGUAGCCACGCCACCGUUUGUUCCUGAUCCCCGAUCAGUGUACUGCCAUGACGUGCUGGAAAUCGACAGUUUUUCUGCCACGAGAGGUGUGACUCUGGGCGACUCCGAUGCAGAAUUUUACCGCAAGUUCUGCACUGGCUGCGUUUCGGAGCCCUGGCAGAAUGAGCUGAUUGACAUGGGUGUUUUCAAUGAACUGAAUGUUUUCGGUCCGGACGACUCGCCAACACCUGAUCUGAUUGAAGUUGACCCAGAGGCGCCAAGGCCAAAGAAUGGUCUCUUUUCUCGUCUCAAAUCUCGACUAAAGUAAUCACUAGCCAACUGAUUUUUCCGCCGGCAUCUUCCCAUCUGUUGAGGAUUGAUUGGUAUAGCAGAAUUUUUGAACGUGACGAAAAUGCCGUAUCAUCGAUCAUGUGAACUAUGUCUUUGGAUCCGUACUUGUGAAAAGCUGUAGUCUUCAUGCCUUUAUCGGUCUAGCCAAGCUUAUGCAUCCUGCUCUGCAGGCCGUCUCUCUCUCUCUAUUCUAUUUCUGAAAAGGUUUAGAUCUAUCUUUCGUCACCAUGUUGCCAUGCCCGUCAACUCACCAUACCUAGUCACACUAUUUUCUAUAUAUAUUAUAUUGAAGCUACUGUUCUCUUAUCCCCUCCCCCUCCUCCUUGUCAUUGCACGAAAGCGCUGGUUGACUUCACUACUGCAUUGCCGAGGUAAUUAUUGUUUUUUUUUGACACUGUAUGAUAUUUGUUAGGGUUGUGUAUAAAACAAUAACAACACUCCAUGUUCUUUUUUUAUUAUUAUUUUUUACCUCCAUGUUACGAUUACUCUUUGCUGAUUUUCGCUAGACAUCUCCGGUAUUUGGUGGCGGUAUUUCUAAAUUGUGUCAAACUCAAACAUGCUGACAAAUAGGUAAGAUGAAGAUAGGUUCUGUCUGACAA